AUGUAGCCAAGAUUAAAACGUAGCAGUACGUUUAUCAGCGUAGUGACAUCAAUGCGCUUUUCAGACGACGUUGUAAUUGGUCGUAUCGGAGGGUGGAGAGACAGUGAGCACAUUUGACAGAACCUUCCGGGUGACUAAAUACUUCUGUGGAUUGCAGCGACAGCAAGAAACACUAUGAAUGGCGCUAGAGGUUUCCUCCGACUGCGACGUUAUUACUCCAGUGGUCUAAGAGUCACAUAUCACAGGACACUGGACAAAAUCGAGUUAAUGCUUCCGCCCAAACUGAGACCUCUGUACAACCAUCCAGCAGGACCAAAGACAGUUUUCUUCUGGGCACCUGUUUUUAAAUGGGGCUUGGUUAUUGCUGGUUUUUCUGAUAUGACACGUCCACCAGAAAAGCUGAGUUUCUCCCAAUCGUGUGUCAUUACAGCCACAGGCUUCAUCUGGUCACGGUACUGCUUGGUGAUCAUUCCCAAGAACUGGGCACUCUUUGCAGUGAACUUCUUCUUGGGCUUAUGUGGAAGCAUCCAACUCUUUAGAAUCUGGAAGUACAAUCAGAAGUUAAAGCAGAAAGAAGAUGAAGUGCAACAGUCCUAAAGCUGAAAGGAACAGAAUUUACUGGAUGAGAUCAUGAAUUCAGUGUAAUAGUGUGAAAAUCUAAAGAGAGACAAUUUUAACAAUGCAUAUGGAUGAAAGGUUUUUAGCUCAUAAUUUAACCUACAUAAAGAGGACAAAGUGGUUAAAAUUUAAAAAUCAAAAUUGACAGCUUUGUUGUAUGUACAUUCAUGUUACACACCUAUAAUUUCAAUAAAACAUCCCUUGAAGAUAA